AACAUUAAAAUCACGAAUCGUCGUGUUACAGUGAACGCAUACAAACAAAGCUUGUGAAUAAAACACCCAGUCAAAGGGAGUACAGACGAGAUGAUUUGACCUCUGACUGAACCUUAGCCGACCGGAAACCACACUGAGCGAGGCGACGACGCCACAUAUCGUUCAAUUACACCACUUGUUUGUAGCUAGCAGCCAAAGCCGGCUGCCCUGAACGCUAACAACGAACAAGGUAGACCAAACUUUAAAUAUCAGGAAAAAACCCACAGACACAUUACACCGGCAAAUGGUGCACAAGAUGUCUCGUCAACUUGGCAGCCUGAAGCCCAGAAAGAGGAAAAGCAGUGGUGAGGUCAAGAGCUCCAGAAAGGCUUCUGCUACAAGGAGGAGAUGUGUGAGAAGUCCAAAGACACACUUGGCAUCGGAGAGCAACGCAGCAGUCAGUGGUUACAGUAAAGCAGACGGUCCUUCGGAGAGACUCUCUCGCAUCAGCUGCGAGUGCCACCAGUCUGCAGGCAGGAAGAGAUGCUCGGCUUCACCAGAGCCCGAAGGACAGGAGGGCAAAGAAAACGAGCUGAGGAUGGGGCUGGGUUUGGACAGCUGCAGGGUAAACGGCACCUUGGACAAACAAGAGCCAGAGGACAUGGAGUGUGAAGAAACUGGCAAAAAUCUGUUCCCGGAUGACGACAGUAAUCAGAUUCUUCCCGUGGAGCAGUUCUUUGGGAACUUGGAUGCUGUACAGGACUUUCCCCAGAGAUCGUCAGCGACCUCCACCCGCAUUCACAGGGAGAACAGGAGGCGGCAUUACUAUGCGCGAGAGGACAGCGAUGAAGAGGAAGCGGGCCUGGGCAGUAUGCAGCAGGACGACAGAGGGGACACUUAGCGAAGAAUGACUGUGUUGGACUCAGACUUGUGCCUCUAAGCACAAAACACAUCUAGAUUAGACUACCUUUUUAGAUGUUGCGUUCAAUCAACCCUAAAAUUUGUCACAAAUAUACAGUCUGUGUGAAACGACGCUCGUGAGUCGCUGGCGAUGAAAUUGCCUCCUGCGAUGUAAGUAACCCGUCGUUGAAGCUGCUGUCGGCUGACCAUCACUUACAGACAAGUCAAUAUUAUCUGGGUAUACUGUACUUGCCUUAAACCUGCCUCCAGUACCCACGUCAUUUGCUGAAGUGAUCGGACAAAAAGUUGAGCAUCAGACAUAUUUAUGACUUUAACACUUUCUUGAUGGUAGUGUUCAAUUUUGACCUGACAAGGACUGUCCACACACAACAAAAAUGCUAAUUUGAAGCCUGAAUAUUUUAUUUCAUUUUUUUUUAAAACAUGGAUACAGUAACGAGGUUAAUAUAGUCACAUGUGCAGGAGUGCUUGCUUUUAUUAUUUAUUGCUGAAUUUCUGCUCACACACACACAUCACCGGUUCAGUCAUCUUUGGUCUCACCUGGAGGGUGUGUUGGCACGACAUUUUUUAGGCACAUCGGUCCACGUAACAUACAUAAUGCUACAUCAUAUGAACGCUUGAGGAAGCUCAUGUUUUUCAAUUGUAAAUUGUAAAAUUCCCCACGUUGACAGGUGUCAACUUCCCCACUAUGAACGAGAUGAGGAAGGAGGGUACGCGCGUGCCAAAGAGCAGUUCCAUAAUGAGCUUCUAAUGUCACAAAUUCAUUGUUUAACAUGAAUGAGCCAUUGUUCACCAAGUGUCUAAUAUUCCUCCUCACCACAUAUUUGUGUGCUCAUUUUGGCAGCUGCUUCACAAACAACACAUCCGUCUGCGUGUGUGUACUGCACAUGUAUCAGUGCAACUAGUCAUUUUCCUGAUUGAUUUGCAAAUAUAACACAUUUUUAAAAGAAAGACAACCUAAAGACAUUAACGUUACUGAUGCAUCUUCAGUGUAGAUGAACUGAGGUUAACAGUAAUUGCACUUUUGCUGUGCACAUCUUGUAAUAUUUUGUAUAUAGCUGAUUAUUCCGAUCAUCCAAUCAAAUGUUUGUUAUAUUUUUUACUGCCUUAUUUAUGCAAAAUGCUUUUCAUAGUCUUCUAUGCAACUCUCUGAGUGAGCGAAUGCCUCGUCCAUCAAGCAGUCAUUGUAAUCGAUUCAUGCGUUUUACAUCAUUGUGCCAACGCGAAGAACAAAUAAAUGUUUUUCAUGAUUUCAGGGUUUGUUUCAGUGUGAUGACUUGUGUUUAACAGCCUGCUGUCAGUCUGUAUUAACGCUCUGCAGGCUGCACCGGCUCAGAAAUAUCAUAACAGGUUUAAAAAAAA